AUGUCAAGGAUAUUUAUCUACAGGAAGAAAUAUGGUAAUAAAGAAAAAUCAUUAUGGUACGCAGAAAUGAAAUUUUUGGUAUAUCUUUAGUGGCAAUAUUAUGCCUCCUUCUCAUUGGAUUUAGCCAGAAAGAGAAUACAAACUAUAAUAGAAGUCAUAGAUAUCAACAGCUUCUCGACUUUGAGGAGAGUUUCAAAACCCCUAAUAACUUCACAAUUCCUACACCUUCCAUAAAAGAUGUAAUAUCCAUGCAAGGAACACUGUUACUCCAUGAAUUGCAAGAUUACCAGUUUCCUGAAGGGGAUAACUUGGAAGAUUAUACCUUGUCCACAAAUGGGCGACCACUCAGGACUAUUAUAAUAUCUACUUGGAGGUCAGGAUCUACUUUCUUGGGAGACGUUUUGAAUGCAGUUCCUGGAAAUUACUACCACUAUGAACCUCUUCUGCACUAUGGAAUCAUACAAAUCCGUAGUGCUCCCCAUGCAGAACCUGCCCAGGAUACACUCAAAAGCUUACUCAACUGUGAUUAUUCAAGUUUAUUUAAUUAUUUGCAAUAUGGAAUGUCCCAUGUUUAUUUAUUUACUCAUAAUACAAGAUUAUGGAAUCAGUGUGAGGUUUAUCCUCAGUAUUGUUGGAAUCAAACAUUCUUAAAUCAGUUUUGCAAACUUUUUCCUUUCCAGUCCAUGAAGACUGUGAGGUUAAGAUUGUGGCUAGCAGAAAGUAUUCUGAAAGAUAAAGAGUUGAAUGUGAAAGUUGUCUUGCUAGUAAGAGAUCCAAGAGGAACUCUUCAAUCUCGUAAGCACAGGGAUUGGUGUCCUGGAGAACCUGACUGUGAUCAACCCAAUAUUGUCUGUGCUGAUAUGGUCUCAGACUUUAGGGCAGCUAUACAACUGGGGAAAAAUUAUCCUGAUAAAUUCCGGGCUCUGAGAUACGAAGAUCUUUCAUUAAACCCUUAUGAAAUAAUUCAGGACUUAUUCGAUUUUCUCGGUCUACAUUUCCACAAAGAUGUAGAAAGAUUUCUCGAUUCGCAUACUCGAGUCAAUGUUGGAGGGGUGUCUAGCACAUUCAGGGACUCCAAAAGCGCCCCAUUUCAUUGGAAAACGGAUCUGAACCAUUCGGAAAUUCAGUACAUUGAAGAAAACUGUGAUGAAGCCAUGAAAAUGUGGGGUUAUGUUAAAACUAAUAAUGUCAGUAACUUGCGUGAUUUCAACCCACUGACUGGGUAUAAUAUUGAAUGA